UUGAAAAGUUUUAUUACUGCAUCUGAACAUUCAAGUUUGUUUGCGUACUUUCCAUAAUACAACUUCUGCAUUUCACUCAAGUUCAGUUAAAUUAUGGACCAACUGUCUCGGUCCUUUCGGCCGGUCCUGAAUACCUACUUUUUAUUGCUGUUUUUCAUCUCCAGCAAUUCCAGGUUGCUUUAAAUUUAUUUAUUUGUCAUGUAUCACUCUAUUCUAAACUUAUCCAUCAAACAUUUUUUCAAUAAUAUGACCUUUGGCCAAUUUCCUCGGUAGUAAUAACUUGGUUCAGAGCUUGCAGAUUUUAUGGCUCUUAUACCUGAUUUCCCAUGCUCGUCAUUAUUUUCACUCGUACUUGGUUCAGUACGAAUCCAUUGUUAACUACUUGUUUUGUCUUUAUGUCUUCCUUUUUCUUUCUAUACAUGGAUCUUACUUGUGUUUUUUUUGUCUCUUGCCUAAAAAAAAGAAAGAAAGAAAAAACUCGCAUUUGAGGCAACUUUCAGUACAAGUAGUCAAAAGAGUCUGGGGUGAUGCUCUGCGCUGUUUUCUCUGGUAGUUCAGAAAUCCUUUGCAGCAACACAAGCCCAUCUUACUCCUGACCAGAAAGAAUGGUAGUUAGCCUUGCAACCAUUGGUUAGCAGAGCUACUGGUCAACCCUCUCUUUGUUUUCAGUUCCUAGUAAAUCGAAUGCAGGUUUAAACUCGCUAAUUCCACAAACUGAUUUCAGAUCUUCUCGUGCUCACGAAGGGCUUCGAACAAAAGAGGACCUCGUGUACCAUGAACACCCCUGCCUCUGCCUGCACCACCUUUUGAUCUUAUUCCUGACAAUAUUAUCUGGAGCGAUUCACUGUCAUCUCUAAGGUUUCUUGCUCACAUCUUUCUGCAUCAUACAGUUGAAGACUCAUCUUUUUAGGUCUCCUCUCCCAUGAACGUCCUCCUGAUUGCUAUGGUCUCCUUUGCUUCCCAAUGGUUCACAUGCCUUAUGGUAGCAGUGGUUUUACUAGCGAUGCUAUACUGCUUCCUGAAGCAACUAGCAGGAAAUGCUGAUGCAGCAGAGCAGGAGGAGCCAAUUCGGCGGCGCCAAGAUGAAACAGAACCGAUUCUGCCAAGGAAAGAGGUGUUCUUCAGCUACGGAGCAACCGAAGAGCAUCAGCCCGAGUGCAGUGCGUCGUGCCCUGCCCCUGCUGAAGACCCGCUCAGCGAGAAGAUGUGCAGGAUCUGCUAUGACUCGCCCCGGAGCUGCUUCUUGAUACCCUGCGGCCAUUGCUUUACCUGCUUCACAUGUGCAAGGAGGAUUGUGGAAGAGGAAAGCAAGGCCUGCCCGAUCUGUCGAAGGCUGAUCCAUAGAGUAAGAAGACUCGAGAGCCCUUAGCUCGCUACAGAUGGGCUGUUGUAUACUUGCUUCAUGUAAC